UCUAAAAUCAGGAACCAACAGGACACACACACAGACACACUCACACAUACCAAAAAUAAAGAACUAACAAACAGAAAGCUCUGUCAUUUUACCACGGUCGCUGUUCAGUUAACACUUGUAUUGGGUCUAUACUUGGCAUCUUUUUAGGGGCCCUGGGAGCUGUGUGGCCCCCAGUGGGUAAGGUGUAUGUGUGGAGUCUUUAGUUUCAUUUAGUAAGAGGAAAUUUAGAGUUGUGCAAUGGCUCGGGGGCUGUUUUGAAAGCAAUUGAGAAAGCGCAUCAAGCUAGAGUGCGUGAAGCGGAGAAGACUCCAUGUUGUCUUCAUACAGAAUGGAGGGGUACAUCAUCCCACCUAAAAAAACCUGGACUGGCUGGAUGUCCCAGGCACCAUCUGAAUUUAAAGAUUACUGGGCACUUGUAAAUAAAGAUCCAACAGAAGAUAUGAUCUAUGAACCUGAUCUCUAUCGACCACAGAUGGAAUAUCAAUACAUCAUAGAUGGAGAAGGCCAGAGUGAUCAUACUUGGGAGUACAAUACCCAUCAUGUUCACCCUGGGGACUUUGAGAAUUUGACAGAGAGUCACUUCACGGAGCUCCAGAGUGUGCAGCAGGUUCAUCCGUCCAGUGUGCAUCGCUUUACUGACGUAGAUCCUAACCAUUUUCUGGAAACCAAUCUGACUGGACACCAUCUGGCACUGCCUCCUGCACAGGUGGCUUGUUUGCCCCGACCGUCUGUGUAUUACCAACAUAGCGUUCAGCCCUCACCUCUCCUACGCAGCUCGGAUGAUGAUGACCCCGGCAGCCGCAGCCCCCCUCUGGAAGUGUCUGACGAGGAGUGUAUGAGGGACCAUAUCAGCUCUACCACUGGGGUAGAACAUGGAAACAAGAAGAAGAUUCGUCUGUAUCAGUUCCUACUGGACCUUUUGCGAAACGGGGACAUGAAGGACAGCAUCUGGUGGGUGGACAAAGAAAAGGGAACUUUCCAGUUCUCCUCCAAACACAAAGAGGUUCUGGCACAUCGCUGGGGAGUGCAGAAAGGCAAUCGCAAGAAGAUGACCUACCAGAAAAUGGCCAGGGCAUUGAGAAACUACGGCAAGACCGGAGAGGUCAAAAAGAUCAAGAAGAAGCUCACAUACCAGUUCAGCGGUGAUGUGCUGGGAAAGAGCCACAUGGAAAGGAAGCUGUACAUGUAAAGAGGCAGAAAGAUGGACAGAGAGACGGAGAAAGAAAAAAAAUAGAGAUAGAUAGGGGAGACUUGGCAGUCUGUUGAAAAGAGAGCUCUACUCAUUGGACUUGGGGCAUUAAACUCUUCGCUUGCCCUUUACAUUCCUUUUAAUCUUAUUCACCUUUGCAUUAAUUCAGUGAACUUUCUCAAUGAACUUCUAACCCAGAGCACACUCUCGUUUCAUUCAUUUCGGCUGCAUGUCCAAUUAAACAAACAAACAAACAAACAAAAAUUCUAUUCUCUAAACAGAAGAGAAGAAAUGUAAUAUAUAUCUAUCUAUAUAUAUAUAUAAACGGUAAGGUCUGAUACAUUAAAAAGAUCAAAUGUGAGCGAGUUUAAAAAUUAAACUAAACAGCUCUUGUGUAGAAGCUGUUGUUCACUGAUCAUUAAGGGGCCUUGGGGGGGUGCGGGGGAGUGGAGAUGGUGUAUCACAAAAAUACAAAAGCAGAAGUGAAAACAAAUGACACAGGCUCACGCUGUAGGGAAAAUACGGCUGUCUCGUCUGGCCAACACGCAUGUGGUGACUCUGUUUUUACCAUAAAGGGUGCUUUUUUUUUAUAAUUUUUUUUGACAAACCCUUCUUUAAGUGCUGCAAGGUUUAUAUCCAUUUUGUAUACGAAUAAAACUUUUUAAAAUAGUAAAAGAAGUAAAAUCAGAAUGCUCGCAAAAGCUUUACGCUUGUUUGGAGGAACUGGUUUCACAGUAUCCAUCAUUCAUCAGCGAGUCCACAGGGGAGUACACAGAUUUUUAUUUUGUGAUCAAGCUUGAAAAUUUAUUUUAAUGUACUAAGGAAUUCCUUAAUGGUCAUUCACUCUAGCACUAUGUACUGGCUUUGUGCCUGUAAGAUCUUUAUAAGAACACUGAGCUUUACGGUCUCUCAUCUUGAUCAUGGGAUUAUAGAUAAAAAUCUGAUAUUUAAAGUAUAUUUAAUUUAUCUGUGGACGUCGGCUGUCAAACUAAAAAUGUAUGUUCACUGGUAGUACAGCACUGUUACUCCUCGUACGUGUUUGACUCAUCAGCACCCCCUGUCAAUACAGUAAGCCAUAUUCAUAAUCUUCAUAUGUAAUGAUCUGUGAACUUUAAAAUCAGCCAAAUUUAUAUCACUAAAGGACAUACAUGAAAAAUUGAGUGUAUAGUAUUUAUUGGACAAUAUUAAAUAUGGCACCUUGCAUAACAAAUGCAAAAAUGUAUCUAUACAGUAUACAGUACUAGUAAAAAGUUUGGACACCCCUACUCAUUCAUUGUCCCCCCCCAUGUAUUUUGUAUUUUUAACACUGUAGAACAAUACUGAAGACAUCAAAACUAUAAAAUAACAUCUGGAACAGAUAUGGAAUUAUGUGGUAAACAAACAAACAAACAAACAAACAAACAAACUGUUAACCCCCCCAAAAAACAUUUCAUGUUUUAGAUUCUUCAGAGUAGCCAGUGUUUACCUUGAUGACGCUUUGACACUAUUAGCAUUAUCUUAACCAGCUUCAUGAGGUAGUCACCUGGAAUGUUUUUCAAUUAACAGGUGCCUCGUCGAAAGUUAAUUAGUGGAUUAAUUUCUUGCCUUCUUAAUGUGUUUACAGUAAAUAACUAUAUUCCAUCCACAACUGUAGUAAUCCAUAUUAUGUCAAGAACCGCUCAACUAAGUAAAGAGAAAUGACAUCCAUCAUUACUUUAAGACGUGAAGUUAUUUUUAUAAAUUAAAAUACAAGAAAAAUUUUGUGGUUGGCCCAGUGGUGUAGUGGUUAGCGCUGUCGCCUCACAGCAAGAAGGUCCGGGUUCGAGCCCCGUGGCCGGCGAGGGCCUUUCUGUGUGGAGUUUGCAUGUUCUCCCCGUGUCCACGUGGGUUUCCUCCGGGUGCUCCGGUUUCCCCCACAGUCCAAAGACAUGCAGGUUAGGUUAACUGGUGACUCUAAAUUGACCGUAGGUGUGAAUGUGAGUGUGAAUGGUUGUCUGUGUCUAUGUGUCAGCCCUGUGAUGACCUGGCGACUUGUCCAGGGUGUACACCGCCUUUCGCCCAUAGUCAGCUGGGAUAGGCUCCAGCUUGCCUGCGACCCUGUAGAACAGGAUAAAGCGGCUACAGAUAAUGAGAUGAAAAAACAGAUUUUGAAUUCUGAGAAACAAAGAAAGGAUACUGUUUAACAUCUUGAAUAUUCAGGAUAGCACUGUGUAAAUAAAAUUAAAAGGUCAGAUUUUU